GACAAGGUUAAAUCUUCUCCUUAACGUCGAUUGCUCCUUGGCGACACUUUGCCAGUUGCAGGGACGAGAGGCAGUUGGUGUCUGUGACACCAGUUUCCUGCUCCAACAAAUAUCACAAGACCAUAAGAUACGAGAAAACUUUAGAAUUGGCCCCCAUAUAAGAAAUAUUCUAUAUGUAUAUCCAAAAGUACUCAUUCAUGCUAUAACCUGCAAGAGCUAUAAAUGAACUGGGUAAAUAUACAGGUUCACAAUACAAAUGUUAAUAGUUUUAACAUUUCUUAAGGGAUAUUUUAGCACGGAAUCUAACACGUUUCAUUUUGACAGCGUGUUUAUUGUCUAACCGCCAUUUUCAAUCCAGUAUUGUGUGGUGCGACAGUUUAACCGCAGCGUUCCAAAUGUUGCGGUGGAUGGCGGUGGUGGUGCUGGGGUGUGCACGCUUCACGACGGGCACCGUGGGUUCAAACAGCAAUUACCUGGAGACCUUCCAGAGCGGUGAUGACCUGCAGACCUUCCAAGGCGACGUGUACCUGGAGACCUUCCAGAGUGGCACGUGGGUGGUCGCGGAAGACACGUCCCUCAACCUAACACUAUCUCUCGGGUUUAACGGCAGCACCGCCGUUUGUAAUGUUAGACGGAACCUGAGGCAGGCGCAGCUGGUGGUGACGGUGGUGCUCGAGGAGGACUGGAAGCUAGACUUCGUGAACAUGAGUGCUCACUUCACGGCGGAGGAGGUGUGCGCCCAGGUUAACAAAAGCCUGACAUUCUCUGGCUACUACUGGGGGGUCACCAAGCUGGCCUUCUUCCUCACUCGGAAUGACGUCAACCCUUACUUCAGUAAUGCCACCUUGCUAUCGGACGAUUUAACGAUCACAGUCGACCGUAUGACCAAGAACUUCGACACCGCCUUCACCUACAUCUUGUCGGUGCUCGUGGUCUUCAACAACAUAUUCUUGGGUACUCAGCUGGACCUGGAAAUCAUCAUGAGCGUCCUUAAGCGACCCAUCGGGCCUGUGUGUGGCUUCGUCUCUCAGUUCACUUGUAUGCCCGUGGUGACAUAUGGGUUGGUGUUAGUGUUGUUCACAGACCCGGUGCAGCGUCUGGGGCUCUUCUUGCUGGGAUGUUCUCCUGGCGGCAUCUUCUCCAACCUCUGGGCUCUCAUAUUUGAUGCAGACAUCAACCUCUCCGUCACCAUGACCACCAUAUCCAUUAUUGCUGCAAUGGGGAUGAUGCCGCUGUGGAUGACCACGCUGGGCACGCGUUUGAUCGACGACAACACCCAUCUUUAUAUUCCCUUCAAAACACUGGCGGUGUCCCUCGUCAGCCUCACCGGCCCCAUUGUCAUCGGCAUGUUGAUCAGGUGGAAGAAAGAGAGUUGGGUGAAGAUAUGCGAUGUGAUCAUCAAACCCUUCUCUGCGAUAGUUAUCAUGCUCUUCAUCGCUGUGGGAACAUACAACUCGUACAAGGGGAUCUUGCUGAUGACGUGGCAGACUAUAGUGGCUGGCAUGCUGAUGCUGUCCUGCGGCUACACCUUCGGCGCCACCCUCGCCAGGAUCAUGUGCCUGGGCAAGAAGCAAAUAGUGGCAGUGAGCCUGGAAACAGCCAUCCAGAACACCCCGGUGACUUUAAUCAUCCUCAAGCUCUCCCUCCCGAGCCCUUACAGUGACCUCGCCUCUGUUCCGGUAAUAGCUACAUUCACCCUGACUGGGUUUCCUCUGUUUUGUGCUUAUCUCAUCUACUGCUCCUUGCGACGCUUCUGUGGGUGUUGUCCUGAUGAAGACCAGCCAGAGAACCUGCAGCAGUCAGCACAAGAGGAUAUUGAGAACUCUCGUGGAGAAAUCUCCAAAUUUCUACCUGGUGUAGAGAAGAUCAAUGGAGAGCAAUGAUAUUAUGAAAUUAAGUAUUGCUUGAGACCAUUUGAUUUUUGUUGGGCAAAACUGUUGCUGACCAGUGAGACUGAAAUCUCCUUGAAGUGUUUUCACACGUGCACUUUUUACAUAUAUUAGUGUUAUUAAUUACAUUAAUUUAGUUGGGAAUCAAAUACAUGUGUGUCUGCAUGUAACUGUUUCUUCUACCACAAUCGCACCCACAGCUAGGACAGGUGAGGUGCAUUUUCACUACCUCCCACAGGAUGGGUAUGAGAUGCAUAAUGAAUGAACUAAACUAAAAUUUCUCACUGCCACCCACAGGAUGGGUAUGGGGUGCAUAAGUGAAUCUUACUAAAAAUAACUUUCACUACCACCCGGAAUUGGGUAUUAGUGUACUGUAUUAAUUUAGUUACACUGAAUAAUUUUCAUGGGGGGCACCGUAUCUAGAGUGGCCUCGACAGGGAGAGGAAAACGGCGGCUUGCUAAAGGUACCCUCCCAUCCAUUUGUCCUGAUGAUUUCAUAGUUGGAUCUUUAAUUACAACUGUUUUGGUAUUUACAGCUUUGGCGGGUAGGCGAUUCCAUUUUUGUUUAACCCUGUGGGUGAAAAAGUAUCUUAUGUCAUAAUCUCUGUUGAUAAAACAAGGGUUCUUAUUCCCCCAUUCUCUUCAUGUUAACUAUACUAUUAAUGGAGUGCCCGUGGAGAAUUGAGGCUUAUGAGUAUCUUGGAAUGGAGGUUAAUGAUACAAAUCCCAUCAGCAACCUUCGCAAAAAACUUGAGCGUCUUAAACGUCUCAAAACUCUUGUGGGCAUUAACAUAAAAUAUGCUCGGUUUUUAUAGUGCCUUUAUACGAUCUGUUACUGAUUAUUAUACCUUGCAUUUUCUUAAUUGUUCUCCUAAACUACAAGGCCUAGAUGUAGUACAAAAUGCUGCCAUGCGUAUCAUCCUGGGUUGUCCUAGAACUGUCAGAUUUGUUAACAUGAGAAAGGAACUAAGAUUACCAUCUAUUUACGAGAGAACUGUUCUACUUAGUGUACUAUGUAUUUAAUACUGUACUACUACUUAAUACUAUACUAUGUUUUGUGCCAAAAUUUUGAAAAAUAAUGGUCCCCCAGCCCAGCUCUAUUGAAAUUUUUUGUAUGGCGUUUUAAAUUCAGCUACUCGGAACAAAAAGUUCCAAGUAGCACGGGCUAUGGUGAGCCCAUAGUGGACUUAACUGGCACAAGAGCGGGGCUGUAACUUUGAAUUUUGUCGCCUGGUGUUCCUUAUAUCUGAAACACAGAGAGCUGGAAGUGUCCUUAAAACAACUUUCAGUUAGAACAUUACAAGUGGUAGAAAAAUGUCCAUUGUUUAUUCUUGUAAAUAAUAAUCAAAUAACCAA